AUGCUCAUCACGUACCGGAUGCCAGCCUGUGCCAAGCAGUACAGGGUGUUGCUGUCGGAAGCUAGUCCCCCGACUGGUGGCCUGGCUCUGCCGAAGCUCCACUAUCAGCUGCCGCCACUGGUCCGGUUCGCUGCACAGCCCAGCACGGAGCUGGCAAUCCAGAAGAGGAGAAACAUGGAACUAGCAGAGAUGGAGAAACUUGUGGAAAUGAGGAUGUGUGUAAACGCUAUGGGAGCAAAGCGGAAAUUUGGAAUUCUGUCUGGGGAGUUGGGGAAAACUGGGCUUUCGAGGAUAAACAGAAGUUUACCAGGAGAAGAGGACGAGGGAAUUUGUAGCAGAAGGAAUGGCUUAUUUCAGAGAUGCAGGCUGCAGGGGAGGGAUGCCCGGGAGACUGGGGGAGGGUACCCCCGGUGGUUGUGCGCCUUCUUCGCCUCCAGUGCACAGGUCAAGCCUCUCCCCUCCCGCCCUCUCACCCUCCCAACCUUAUUUAGAAACCGUGUCCCCGAGACAGGAAGGGCGGCGGGCCGAGAAGCACGGAGCGUCCCGGUCUCAUUUCCUUUCGAAUCCCCUUGUGGAAUUUCAUUUCAUACGGUAGCCACGGGCCGAGGUGACAGCCGGAAGAGGGGAAGGAAAGGGAGCCGACUGAUCUGGGAGCAUUUCUCACCUGGGAGAGGAGGGGGCAGGCUGGCCCGGCGGGAGCAACUCGGCUCCAUCCCCGCCUGGCCCCCAGAGCGCCGCGAACCGGGUGGGAGGAAAGUGAGAGCCGGGAAGCCGGGCGGGGCGCUCCGGGAGGGAGGGAGAGAGGGAGGGAGAGACGGGGGAGGGGGGCUGGCGGGCGGGCGGGGGCCUGACCCUUCCAGCGGCAGAGGGGCCCCUCCCCUCGCUGCCCACGGCGCCCUGCCAUUGGAGAGGCGCGCUGUCUGUCCCGCCCCGCCACCGCCCAGCGAACCUCCAGCGCCGCGGAGGGCUCGGGCGGUGAGAGCGGCGCGGCGCUGGGUGCUGGCGGGAUACACCGAGACGCGGAGCCGACGCGGCCGGCGCCGGGUUGGGGUCUCACUGCCUGCAGCCAUGACCCUCGCAGUCUGUCCUUCGGCCCCGGCCACGGGCUUCUAAUAUCUCACACAUUCGUGCGCGGCUGCGAGAGACUC